GUUAUAGUUAUUCAAAGUGUUUCAGAUACAACACUCGACGAAUGAAAAAAACUCACUAAAAGAGCAUCAAAAUGGUUUCAAAAUUAUUCCCCAUACUCUUCAUACUACCGGCGAUCUACGCUAAGAUAGAAGUAGAAAUCACCGCCAACAACAACGAAGUCAAUGAUGUCCACAUAACGGGCGCUUCCAUGGCUAUCUUAGGCGAAAAAGACAAAUCCACCUUUGGUCUCACCGAAGACAAUUUAAAGAAAGCAAUGGAAAAAAUGGGAAUGAACCCUGACAACAUGUUCCUCAACAGUCCCACGCCCUGGGGCGACUUAUUCAAAACACUGAUCUGGGAACCCACUAGAAUGUCUUUCGAGCCCAAAAAAGCAACGAUUUUGUCGAAAAAUUCCGAGCAAGUCUUGAUUAAAUCCAAAAACAUCCACAACAAAAACACGGAACCUUUAACUCUUAAGAUAGAUAUGAAACAAUUAGUUAAGAAUACUGUGACGUCAAAAUGGAGCAAGGAAGGCGAAUUGGAAGUUGGAAAUAUUAAUUACAAAUUCAACUUGAACGUGCCUGAAAUUGAAGAUUUCUCCUUCAUAUCAAAUGGACUUGAAGAUAUGGAGAAAUUCGUACCAAUGACUAUUGGAGGCAUGUCUGAAAUUACACUGAAACCGAAGCAAGAUGUCGUCGCAGAAUUAUACGCUACGGCUAUGCACACGAUGGUACGAGUGGAUUAUGAGACCAGAUUAACUGGAAACGUCGCUUUGAACUUCGAUAAAAAAUACGAAGGUCAUCGUUUCUGGUCCGUUGAUAUCAACAUGCUUUUGACGGCUGGAGAAUUGAAGAAGGUCGUGCACUCCUCUGAGAUUAUUGAAGUUGUACAUUUCACUGAACCCAAGGUCUUGGUUAAGGACGCAACAACAGGCGAAGUUAUCUUUUCAGCUCCCUUAAAAAUGUAUUGAUUUUGUCUUAAAUAAAUGUUUUAAAGCUU